GGGGCCUCUAUCACUGAUUCUCCUUGUAAUCGCUAGAAAUGACGAUUUUUACUGGAUUCACCGCGAAUAAUAAUAAACUGUACCGUUCUUGCCGACCGGCUCAUUCAAUUUGUGCUCACUAUUACGUUAUUAAUUCUUUUUAUCCAGCUAUGACCGGAAGCCGGUGGCUAGGUUCCAGAACUGAGUCUGCUCCAUCAGAGUUCCGGGGACCAAACGCCUACGAUUUGCUCGGAGUUUCGCAGACCAGCUCAUUAGCAGAAAUCAAAGCUUCCUUUCAUAAAUUAGCCAAGGAGACCCACCCUGACCUUGCCGACUCACACACCUACUCUUCUGCCUCCAAUCGGUUCAUCCAAAUUCUCGCUGCUUAUGAGAUACUCUCAGAUUGUGAGAGGAGGGCGCACUACGAUCAAUAUCUAUUGUCUCAAAGGGUGCUAUUUCAAAGACUUCCUGGGCAGGGAUCAGAUAUUUUUACCUAUGAAUCACACAGAACACCAGCUGGGCAGAUGGAAGUUGUUGAAUGGUUGAAAUGGUAUAGAUAUGCCGUAAGUGAGAUUUUAUCAGAGAAAAGGGUGGUCAUAGGAUCAGGAUACCUUGAUGUAUUGGAGAGGGAUUUCUAUUCGGCAAUGCAUACAGCAUAUUACGGCCCAGAGAUUGAGUGCUCAGAUCUUCUUCCUGAUUGUUUUGAAGCUGAGGAGAGGUCUCAUUGUUGCACUCCUGAGGUGCUGCACUUGGUGUUCGGGCGAGAUCUCUUUGGAAUGGUUCGUAUUACCAACCAGAUUCCUGAAAUAUCACAUGCUAAAAGGCAAAACUUGACAUCUUUUCCAUCAGAUUUGUCUGAAUCCAUUCAGUAUGCUGAUGAUCUAAAGAACUCCAGUAUAACUGAUGGGGGCACUUACCAGAAGCAAGCAACUGAAUCUUGUUACAAUACCUUGGAUACAUAUAAAAAUCUUGAAUUAUGUAUAGGAGGAAGGCUGAUUGCUGUGGCCAGAAGAGAUCCACCGCAGAGCUUAGAAGGGAAACAGAACAAAGAGGAUAGUAUUCAUGUUUAUCUUACUUCACAUGAUGACUCUGUGGCUAGGAGUCAGGAGUCUGGCGAGUUUAAUGAUGUGGAUUUUUCAGUUGGAUACAGGAUUCCACUGGGAACAAUAACUGGACUUGGGACCAGCCCUGAUGAAGGAUCAUGCUAUGUCUAUGAUAAGAGUGGUGCAAAAACCCAUAUUAUCAUGAAGCACAGAACUUUGCUCGUAAAACACAUGCAUUGGUAUCGAGUAGGAGAUAAAGCUUCAAUGUGUGAAUGUAGAUGCACUAGGGCUCGGUUGCCGCCAAGCAAAUUUUGGCUAUUCGAACCUCGCUGUGGCAUGCAUGACAUUGGAGGCUGGUAUGUCGAAACAUAUGGUAGGGAUAAGAAGGCACGUACUGUACCAUCCCAGAGACACUGGGAUGGUUUGGAUUCAAAUGAACUGUUUGACAAGAGACUCCAUCCAGCAAUGUAUUUGCUUGCUCUUGCCUAUAGAAGUCUAGAUAUUGAAGAUGCAAGGAGAAGGAAGAAAACCGUGAAGGAUAUUAUUGAAACUAAAAUGUUUAGAAUUCUCAGCUGGUGCAAGAAACUAGCCUAAAAAAGUUGCCUAAGGCUUUCUCAAGUUGGAACUCGGAAGUGCCCAUAUCCAGAAUCGUCAUUGCAUCAUGCCUGAUGUUUAGGUAUUUAGUAACAAAAAUUCAUUGGAGUUCAUUGGAAUUUGGGAAUCAAGAACAAAAUAUCAUGAAAAGAUCUCAGUCCUUAUCUUGCUAAAUUGGUUUGGUAAUGAUGAUUCCAUACAGAGAAUGGGGUGACUUCCAUGGUUUUUCUUUAUAAAGAUAAUGAUGAAGAGGCAUAAACAGAAAGGAAAUAUCAAAGGAAAAGAUAAACUUUAUGCUGCCAUUGCAAUCUUAGUGAACAAAUAAAGUUUUUUGUCUUCAUUUUUUUCUUUCUCUGCUACAGUAAUCAGAAUGAAAGAGAUCAUACGAUGGAAGGAAUAGAGCUUAGUGAAGAAACAGAAUGAGUACUAGCUUUUGUUCAGCUACAAUUCCUAUCAAAGAUAAAUUUCAUAUAGAGAAAAUUUCAAGUUUGGGCUGUAAGGUUAUGUUGAUCUUAUAGAUUUAACUUGUCUUGUCUUUACAUAGUUGAGCAGAAUUAUCUUUCCUCAAAUAAGAGGGUGCCCCAAAUAAAAGCUGGACCUUUUGUUUUUUCUUUGGGCUACUCAUUGUCAUCUCAUAGCACUUGAUAUCAUGGUAUAAACAUAUAUCAUUGUGUUGUGACCAACUAAUCUGAGUUUUUUAGUAUGUCUUCAUUCCCCACUUCUGAAGAUGGACACUUUUUAAUGAUCCCCAACCAUCAGAGCAAAACAAAUGCAAUUGCAUUUGUUUUUAAUCUUUGCUAUGUAAAGUUCAACCCAAAAAAAAAAA